GGAGCUGGGAAAUUGUUUGUGAUAGAUAAGUAUUAAGCUUCUUCAUCCAUUAAUGAUUGUCCUAUGUAGUGAGUUGUUGAUAUGUAUAUUUGCUGCAGAUGUUCACACCUUCUGCCCAAAUUCAAAGGACUCAAAUCUGUCAUUUACACUUGGUAGUCGUGUGGAUAUGUACUUUUUGCAGCGCAAAAGAUCUCGCAUCAGCGCUCCGUUUAUCGCCGGUAAAAAAUCAAAGAUGCAAUCAUCAAUCGAAGCUCUGCCCGACGAGUGCCUCUUCGAGAUUCUCAGACGCCUACCCAGAGGCCGAGAGACGAAUGCUUGUGCGUGUGUAUCAAAGCGCUGGCUCAUGCUAUUGAGUAGCAUGAAGAAAGACGAAAUGUGCACAUCUGAAACUACUCGAUUCGUGGGUCCCGAAAUCCAAUCCAAUCCUCCCAAGCCUAAAGAGGAUGAUGAUGUCAGCCGUGGUUAUCUCUCUAGAUGCUUGGAAGGGAAGAAAGCUACAGAUGUCAGACUUGCUGCCAUUGCUGUUGGAACUGCAAGUCGUGGAGGUUUGGGCAAACUUUCGAUCCGAGGAAGUAAUGAAACUCGUGGGCCCACAAACCUCGGCCUCAAAGCCAUUUCCCGAGGCUGCCCUUCUUUGCGGGCUCUUUCUCUUUGGGAUGUAUCACCGGUUGGUGAUGAAGGGUUGUGCGAAAUUGCAAGUGCGUGUCAUUCUCUCGAAGAUAUUCAAUUUUUCCACUGCCCGAAUAUCACGGAUAAAGGUUUAGUUGCUAUUGCGAAGAACUGUCCUAAUUUGACAUCUGUUGCAGUGGAAUCUUGCUUGAACAUAGGCAACGAGAGUUUGCAAGCUUUGGGUAACUACUGUCCAGACCUGAAGUUCGUUUCGAUCAAGAAUUGCCCACUUGUCGGUGACAAGGGAAUUGCGAGUCUAUUUUCAUCCGUUGGUCAUGUCCUGACAAGAGCAAAGCUUCAGACACUCAACAUCAGUGACGUGUCUCUUGCUGUCAUUGGACACUACGGGACUGCAAUGAUUGAUCUUACACUUGUCGGCCUCCAAAACGUGAGCGAGAAAGGUUUUUGGCUUAUGGGCAAGGGUCAUGGUUUGCGAAAGCUGAAAUCUUUAACAGUUACUUCUUGUCCGGGAGUUUCCGAUUUAGGGCUUGAAUCGUUGGGUAAAGGCUGCCCAGAUAUAAAGACGCUCGCCCUCCGAAAAUGUCCACGCGUAUCUGACAAUGGAGUAGUUUCAUUCGCCAGAGCUGCCGAGUCGCUCGAAAGCCUUCGGUUAGAGGAGUGCCACGUCAUCACACAGCGUGGGGUUUUCGGCAUUCUUGCAAACUGUGGUAAGAAAUUGAAGGCUAUUGUGUUAGUCAACUGCUUGGGCAAUCGAGAUUUGGGGUUUCGAUUCCCGUUGACUUCUCGUUGCCGUUCACUUCGAUCGCUGACCAUCCGAAACUGCCCUGGAUUUGGGGAUGCUGGCUUGGGCGGUUUGGGUAAAAUCUGCCCCAAUUUGACACACGUGGAUCUCAGUGGCAAUAAGGAAAUAACCGACGCAUGCAUUCUACCUCUCGUCGAGAGCUCAGAGGAUGGUUUGGUGGAAGUGAAGCUGAGUGGAUGUGAUAAACUGACAGACAACACGGUCACAGUCAUUGCGAAACUUCACGGUGACACUCUCGAUCUUCUGAAGCUCGAUGGAUGCAGGUGCGUCACAGACGCUAGCUUGAUAGAAAUUGCGAGCAAUUGUAUGGUGCUGAGUGAGCUGGAUGUUUCUCGGUGUGGAAUAACAGAUUCCGGUAUCAAAGUCUUGGCCGAGGCUGUGCAGAUGAGUUUGCUGACAUUUUCAAUUGCCGGUUGCUCUUUGGUGUCCGACGAAAGUUUGCCUUUUCUGGUUGAGUUGGGCAAGACUAUGGUGGGGUUGAACGUACAGUAUUGCGGUGGGAUCACAUCUGGCGCCGUUGAUCUACUUGUUGAUCAACUUUGGAGGUGCGAUAUACUUUCGUGAACUUGAAAGUCGGUGAAGAAUAGGAAUUUACACUACAUGGUAAAAGCUUCAGUUACUGGUCGUAGUUUUUUGGGUCCAUGGAGUCUUUGAUCAUUGA